GCAGCCCUUUCAGCAACUUUGCCCUCUGGUAUAUCAAGGCGUAUUUUUUUCUCUCUUCUACUUUUCCCUGAUUCCUUCCGCCGAUUUCUAUUUCUUCUCUCUUUAAUUUCGGGUCUUUAGCCAUGGACGUCGACGCUGUCUCAUUCCCUUCGCACCUUCUAGGAAUGCUAACUGCCAUCUCCGAGGCUGACUUCGUCUCAAUCGACUUUGAGCUUUCCGGAAUAGCCACUAGGGUUCGAGGAGGGCCUCGUACCCGCUACCACAAACAGACUAUCGAGGAACGUUACGCCGAAGUGAAGGCCAGCGCAGAAAAGUAUCAUAUUCUCCAGGUGGGUAUCACGUGCGCGAAGUUCGACUACAUCAACGACAAGUAUGUACUGCGACCAUACAAUGUUCACAUCAGCCCACUCAUUGACGAGCGGUUGGACAUCGAGCGCGAAUUUGCAUUCCAGGGCGGAGCAGUCCAAUUCCUGUUGAAGAAUGGGUUCGAUAUCGCUGCCCCUUUCACCAGAGGAGUUCAGUAUCUUUCCCGGGAGGAAGCAGAGCGAGCUAAGCAGAUGACAUACGACCGUCUCGACAAGAAGGUCCAUGCUGAAGGCCUUCAACUUCAGCCAGAGGAAGUGGAAUCCUUAGAGUUUGUCAGGAAGACAAGGGAGGCGAUCAUUGCUUGGAAAGACACGGACAGGUCAUCCUUGGAGAUUUCCUCGACCGUCGGUGCUCUAAAGCAGCCGCUCGUACCGGCCAUCACAAACUUCGAGAAGCGUCUCGUUCAUCAACUGGUUCGCGCCGAAUUCCCCUCCCUCGUCACUAUCAGCAGGCCAGGCUUCAUCCGGAUCAUCCACUACGAUGAAGUGCGCGAAGCGGACAUGGUCCGAAAACAGAAGCAGUGGGUCAAGGAGAGGAUUGUCAAACAGAGCGGUUUCCGGUGGGUUGUGGAGGGACUUGCAAAAGGCGACCUCCACCAGUUCGACCCUUACUUCUUCGCGAAGAAUGCAAGCGGCCUAGUCAUUGCUGCAGAUAUCGACAACAUACGGGAACGCUUCCGACGCGCUACUACACGUCUCAAGGAUCAUCAACCCGUUCUUGUGGGUCAUAACAUGUUCACCGAUCUAGUUAACUUUUAUCACUGCUUCUUUGGUCCACUCCCAGAUACACUACAGGAAUUUCGAGAACUAGUUCACCAGCUUUUCCCCAAGAUUGUGGACACUAAGUACUUGGCAACAUUUGGCUGCGGCGACAUCAACCCGUCUGCUUCUCUCGAGGAUGUUGCAAAUGAACUGAAGGAACAGUCGCUUCCAAACAUUACUAUCCACGGCGACCAUUCGAAAUACACUGAUAACGAAACACUUCACGAAGCGGGAUACGACAGUCUAUUAACAGCCACAAUCAUGCUCCGCUUAUCCGCCAAAUUGAACGCCAAAAAUGCACCUCCACCGGCGUCGGGGCCCUCGAUUGUUGCAUCUUCCCCAGCCUCGACGACUACAAUGCCUUCCUCAUACGCAGCCAGAGUCAUUUCCACAAAGAAGAAGAACAAGAACAAGAACAGGAAGAAGAAGAAGAAAUCUGAACAAAACUCUGAACCCAUCAACACCAAAUUUGCAUCCCACAACAAAUUCGCCUUCCUAUCUGAAGACCCUAAAGACACUUCAUCUCCCCGCUCUGAUGGCAACCCACGACUGUCAGAAAACACCGUCUUCAUAGACGGCAACAAAGACUGGGAGAACGAACCCUUCAUACAGGAUACCACAGGUUGGGUCAAUGUACCGCCCGUCGAGAGAAAGCCAAUGGAGAUGAUGCCAGAGCUUAGUUCGAGUUCGGAGUUCUGGCAGACCUAUGGGAAUACGUUGAGGGUGUUUGGAACGCUGGAGUCGGUUAUAAAGAUUGCGGAUUGGGAGUAGGUUUCGGGGGGUUAAGUAUUAGGGCAUGUAUGGCGUUAGUGUGAGAUACAGUGUAGAGUUUGGAUGCUUAGGUUGG